AUGGUUUCACCGUAUCUUCGCGUUUUCGGAGAUACGAGUCGACCGAAACUCUCAGCAGCAACGGAGCAACGGAAGGUUUGUAGAUACGUUGUCAAGGCGAAUGACAUGUGCGCUUGCGUAUACCUAUGCGUAUGCGCCCAAGUUAGUCCUGGCGCCACAGCUAGUAUGUAA